AUGCGCCUUUUCCUGAUCCCAAUCUCGACUCGACGGGCGUUAAUCUACGCUCGCCCUCUCCGAAAAGACGUCCCAAAAGAGCUAUCACUACUCGAUCGAGCUACAAGCAAGGCGGCUCAGACCUGGGCAAGCUGGGAAGAAGCCGAAUCGGGCUGGAAGAAGUACCUGGUGACAUGGGGCAAUCGAGUCCAGCAGCGAAUUCCCUUCGAAGAAUGGGGUCUCAAAAGUAUACCAUCUCUGGCUUCACAGAAGCGUAUUGAUGAAGAUCAUGGCAAGAAGAGGAUCGAAGUGCUCUUCCCAGGCAAUUCCGUGCGACUGGAGAAGAUUCCAACUAUAUUGCGCGCUAUCGCUACAGACCGACAAGAAUUCCAUCGAAAAAAGAUGCUGUGGAGUUUCGGGUUUGCUCCUGUCACAGCGCCUCUGGGUCUAAUUCCAGUGGUCCCUAACAUUCCAUUCUUCUACCUGGUUUAUCGAGGCUGGUCGCAUUGGCGAGCUUUAAAUGGCUCGCGACACCUUGAAUUUCUGGUAGAGAAGGAUCUUCUGAAGCCUACUUCCCUGCCGGCUUUAGAGCAGCUUUACGCCAAACGGGCAUCUCGCACACUGGAUAAUGCCCCAAUUGAUACCCCAGCUUCCGGAAUGGUCGAUCUUUUCGAACAGAGCGAGGACCGCGUGCUCUUAAAGAUGUCCGAUGCCAAGAAGCUUGCCACGAUACUGGAUGCUCCGGAGCUGGCGUUGGAGGCCGAGCGGGCCAUCGUCCAGGUCAGUGAGCAGCUAAAAGCUCAAAAAGAGAAAGAAAAGGAAGCGAAGUCAGACGAAAAGAAGAACUUAUAG